GCAUGAGUCUCCGGACAUUAGCUGUUGGCGUUGCCUAUAUCGAGAUCGGAUUAUGAUACACGUGUUUCUCGAAGCUUUAGUUUGUUGGAGUUUAAAGAAUCUUUUCUGAAUCUUACCCCCCCCUUUUCCCUCUAGACGCCCCCUCACACAUCACCGAGUCUAGUCGAGUCCACCGUCCCGUCCCUACCCAACCAUCAUGGACUACGACGCUUUGAAGGACCAAUGGAGCGACAUCGAGGAUCGCGAUGGCAUCAGACUCAGCUGGAACACGUUUCCUAGCACUCGCAUGGAAGCGUCCCGCCUUGUCGUCCCCAUUGGUGCCGUCUACACUCCCCUCAAGGAGAAGCCGGAUGCCCCGUUGCUUCAAUAUGAGCCGGUGACCUGUAAACCACCAUGCCGGGCUGUCCUGAACCCUUAUGCCAACGUGGACAUUCGAGCGCGGAUCUGGAUCUGUCCUUUCUGUCUGAUGCGCAACCCUCUACCUCCUCACUACAAGGACAUCACCGAGAGCACGAUACCCCCGGAGCUACACCCCAUGAGUUCGACGAUCGAGUACCAAUUGGCCCGUCCCGCUCCCGCCCCUCCGAUCUUUGUUUAUGUCGUGGAUACCUGCCAGGAGGAGGACAGCCUGAAGGCACUGAAGGACUCCCUUGUCAUGAGCUUGUCUCUGCUGCCGGCAAAUGCGUUGGUUGGGUUGAUCACAUUUGGCACAAUGGCACAAGUACAUGAGCUUGGUUACACCGAAUGUGGCAAAUCGUACGUGUUCCGGGGCAGCAAGGAAUAUGCCGCGAAGCAGGUCCAGGAGAUGCUUGGUCUGCUCUCCGCGGGGUUGCGACCCAACAUGCCGAACAUGCCCGCACGCCCGCCCCUGGGUGCCGCCGCUCGAUUCCUCCUUCCCGUCCAGCAAGCCGAAUUCCAGAUCACCAACGUGCUUGAGCAGAUGCAGCGCGAUCCGUGGCCCGUUGCCAACGACAAGCGUCCUCUCCGGUGUACCGGCGUUGCCCUGAGCGUUGCCGUUGGGUUGCUUGAGACCUCUUUCCAGAAUGCCGGCGCGCGCAUCAUGGUUUUCACGAGCGGUGCGGCCACCGAAGGCCCGGGCCAUGUUGUUGGACCGGAGCUGAAGGAGCCGAUCCGAUCUCACCAUGACAUCGAUCGUGAUAACAUCAAGUACUACAAGAAGGCCGUCAAGUUCUACGAUGCCAUGGCCAAGCGAGCUGCCAACAACGGCCAUAUCGUCGACAUCUUCGCCGGCUGUCUCGACCAAGUUGGUCUGCUGGAAAUGAAGAACCUCUCCAACUACACCGGCGGCAAUAUGCUUCUCACCGAUAGCUUCACAUCAUCACAAUUCAAGCAGUCUUUCGUCCGGGUGUUCGACAAGGAUGUGAACGAUAAUUUGUUAAUGGGCUUCAAUGCCUCUCUGGAAGUGCUUACCACGAAGGAGCUUAAGGUCACUGGGCUUAUCGGCCACGCAGUAUCCUUGAACAAGAAGUCCAGCUCUGUCGGAGAGACGGAGUGCGGUAUUGGCAAUACUUGCGCAUGGAAGAUGUGCGCCAUUGACCCCGCGGCGAGCUACGGUAUCUAUUUCGAGAUUGCGAACCAAGGCGGACCCGCCGCCGUGCAGCCCGGGCCCCAGAGAGGAAUGAUGCAGUUCUUGACAUACUACCAGCAUUCGUCUGGGAACUUCCACCUCCGAGUCACGACUGUCGCGCGGCCGCUUAGCGGGCCGGCUGGUGAUCCUACUCUGGCGCAGUCUUUCGAUCAGGAAGCCGCUGCGGUGCUGAUGGCGCGCAUUGCGGUCUUCAAGGCUGAGGUUGACGAUGGCCCCGAUGUCCUCAGAUGGGUCGACCGUAUGCUCAUCAGGCUUUGCUCCCGCUUUGCCGACUACCGGAAGGACGAUCCCACUUCGUUCCGCUUGGAGAAGAACUUCACCCUCUAUCCCCAGUUCAUGUUCCAUCUCCGCCGGAGUCAGUUCCUGCAGGUGUUCAACAACUCCCCUGACGAGACGGCCUUCUACCGACACGUCCUUAACCACGAGGAUGUUGGCGAUUCGCUCAUCAUGAUUCAACCGACUCUGGAUUCGUACUCUCUGAAUCAGGAGGGCGCCCAGCCGGUCCUACUCGACUCGGCUUCUAUCCAGCCCGACCAUAUCCUUCUGCUGGAUACCUUCUUCCACAUCCUCAUCUUCAACGGAGAGACAAUUGCGGAAUGGAGAAAGGCCGGGUAUCAUGAGCAGGAGGGAUACGAGAACUUGAAGGCUCUUUUGGAGCUGCCCAAGGAAGAUGCAAGGGAACUGAUUGCGGAUCGAUUCCCGCUACCCCGUUUCAUUGUCUGCGAUGCUGGCGGAUCUCAAGCACGUUUCCUUCUGUCCAAGCUGAACCCGUCCACCACUCACACGACCGGUGGUUACGGAGGUGGCGUGACGUCGCAGACGAUCUUCACUGACGAUGUUUCCUUGCAAACAUUCAUGGAUCAUCUGAUGAAACUUGCUGUCUCUGGAACUAGCUAGGUCUGACGAUGGGACGGCCAUGACGGAGCAAGAACGGUUUUAGGUCGGUCUUCGGGUCGAUUGUAUCUUUAGCGGUGGUUUUUGAUUUUACCCUUUCCUUUUGCUAGGUCCAUAUAUAGCAACCAUUUAGAUUCAAUGAAUUGAAAUAAUCGC